GCGGAACUGGCCGCAAGACUGCAUGAUGACGGAAGCGGAUUGUUGCCAGCACCAGCCGGGGCUCAAUCUUCUAGUGUUUCUAACGCUCUGGUUCCCUAUCAGGCACCGCCUAAUAGGGGCGCGAAUGAGGGAGCUAAUGGUGUCAGCGGCUACAGCAACUACGGGAAUAACGGUGGCUUCAGGAACAAUCAGAGUUAUGGCGGGCAGCGAUUCGGGAAGCAAUGGGGUGGGGGUUACAAGGAUCGUGAUCGGGAUGAUCGAUUUGACAGGAUCUAUGGUGGAUAUUCCCGAUGAUGAUGAAUCUGAGAUCAGUAGAGUUAGGAGGGAGUUGGAAGAAUUAAAGGCACGAUGUGCGGGCGAGAAAGCGGAGUCUAGUUUAGAGGCACUACGUCGGGAGAAAGAUGCUCUACAAAGAGCUCAAUCAAAAAGUAGCGAAGAGGAGAAUCUCAGGAAAGAAAUUGAGAUGUUGAAGGCCAGGAAUGAGAAGGGUAGAUUUGCUGAUGCUGUUUCCGAAAUUUCCAGGAGUGACGAAAUCGCUGCGCUCCGCUUGCAGAUUCAUGAGCUCGAAGGAGUCCGCGCGGCGCUUGAAGCACGUGGCAAUGAGCUAGGCAAUCUUAAAUCGGAGAACGCGGCGCUCAAGAAGGAUUUCCAGGCUCUUAAAGGCGAGAUCUCGGAGAUUAAGAAUGCUAAUAACAAGCGCGCAUCUGACAUUGUCACGGAAAAAAGCCCACCAGCAGAACCAGAUAUGGGUAAGCAAAGGAUGGCUCCGAUCGACGAAGCAGUCUACACUCCUAAGGAUCUCAAGGCUCUUCACAAAGCUUUUAAGAAGGCGCAAGCAGGAGAAGAAAUGCCAAUCGGGAGGUGCAAGCUCUUAAAGAGCGUAUGGCGCAUUUGGGGGCUCAGUUGUUGACGAAGCAGCGACAGUCGGUUAGAAGGCCACUGAGCGGGAAGACUACGCCACGGAAUCUGAGACCGAC